AUGCAAUUCUCCCUAAUCACACUAGCCGCCCUUGCCGCAAGCACAGCGCAAGCAGCCCAUAGCAUCACACUCUACGAGCAGAAGAGUUACGGCGGCAAGAGCUUCCCCUUCAGCACCAACGGGGUCCAUUCCCUAGGUGGUCGCUAUCUCGGCUCAGCCUUCACGCCAUACACCGCUCAGUCCUACAAGUUCAGCUCCAACGAUGGAUGCUGCGUCCACUUCUGCUACAAAGGCGUUGACAAGGGAUAUCGCUGCAGCAGCAGCAACCAGCCGACUUCAAGCUCUUUGAUUGACAAGGUGGUGAUUGGAUGUACUCUGUCUGGCUUGAAGUGCUGA